AUGUCUGAAGUGAUCCUGUCUGCAGGUCAUGACAAUUGUUGGAUUGUCUUUUCAAACUUGAGUACCGCAGACAAUGGGAUCUAUGAGUUGGCUACCUUGCCCAAGGAUGCCAGUGGAGAACUGAGAGAUUCCACCUCUGAUGGAAAGCAGGGUUCUGGCUACAGUGCCAUUUUUGUUGCUUGCAAUCACUUUGCAGUGCUGGACAAGAAUGCUGAGACAAUUGAGAUCUGUGAUCUCAAUAACACUCUGACCAAGACAAUCAAACUGCAAAAGGUUCUGCCCCAGCUGAGCACUCAGGUCAUGAAAAACACUGUGUGGAGCUCAGACAGUGCUAAUGUUGCUCUGCUUGGCAAGCACAAGACUGCAGUUGCACUCAACCAGCCCAAGAGCUGGAACAGCCUUGCUCAGCAAAUGUUGGAGCAGGGUAACUACAAAAUUGUGCAAACUGCCUACCAAACCAUUCAGAACUCUGAUUGCUUGUCCUUCCUAUACAUGACAAUGGGCACACACAAGAAGCUUGCAAAGAUGGCCAAGAUCGCCAAGCCUUGUGGCAAUCAGAUGUUGAUGUUCCACAACUCACUCUACCCAGGUUGCCUAGCUGCAGGGGCUCCCUAUGUCAACAGCAUGGAUGCUGCUGCUGCCAACACUGCUCUGGACAAGUGGGAGGGUGACAAUGCUGGUCCAGUUGUUGAUCAAGGGGACGUUGAGGGCUGGGGCAUAGAUGAAGCCAUUGUUCCUCAUGCUGAAGAGGAAGAAGAGGAAGAGCAGGCAGACUUGGCUUAUUCUGCACCAGGUAUUAGUGAGGCAAAUCUCUGGGUCUGCAACUCCCCAGUUGCAUCAGACCACAUUGCUGCUGGGUCCUUCAAUAUGGCAAUGCAGCUGUUCAAUUGCCAAGUCAGCAUGGUCAACUUUGAACUGCUCAAGCCUAUCUUCUUAGCCAUCUAUCAUUCCUCUUACACAUGUCUCACUGUGAAUGCUUCAGUGCCACCUAUUCAGAUAUGUCUUUGCCGGCAACCUACUUCUUCCAAGCCCAGCCAGGUGUACCUGACCAUAUCCCAAACCCUCCAAGCGAUCCCCUCUGGUGAUCUCCAGAGUGCCUAUCGAGCUGUGCACUCCAAUGAGCUUCCAGAAGCUGGCAACCUGUUCCAUUCCAUCCUCCACUCCUUGCUAUUUGUGGUCAUAUCCCCACAGCCAGAGGCAAAGGAGCUCUGUGACAUCAUUUUGUCAUGCAAAGAGUAUUUGUUAGGGAUCUCUAUUGGCCUGGGGGGCCGUCGCCUUGCCCAGGAUGAGCCAGAUAAUGUCCACCAGAGCAUAGAACUGGCAGCAUACUCCAUGAACUGCAAGCUGCAACCUGCCCACCAUAUGAUUGCCAUUUGCAACAGAAUGACCAUGUUCUCACAGGCCCAAAACUUUGCCACCACACUGUGUUUGUCAGGGUGA